AUGCCAGGACGGGCUAUCGAGCCUAUGGCGGAUGUUGGCCCAGCGUCCAUGACACAGAUACACAGCGAAAAAAAGGAGCGCACAUUUGCGCGGCCAACAUCGAGCACCGAGUACACACUGCAUUGGAGACCACCCUUGCGGAUGGGGCAGGAAUGCAAGGAUGCGGCCGAAUAUGACGGGAUCUCGUGCAGGCGCAAUCCAACCCUAUCAUCCACGGGAGGAGUGCAACCUCCCACAACCUCCACUCCUCUGCCGACUCCCCCUUCCUUCGACUCUUCGGACCAGCUUACUACUCUGCGCAUAGUCAUCCCUUCAUCCAAACCCAGUGGCCAACAUUCUCAAUCUCUCAAGCCAAAAAAAAAUAAAUUUUCGCACGAAUUCCUCAAAGACGGGCGUAGCUGCGGGCCCACCGCACGGUUGACAGGCAGUGACAGGAUGCCAGGACGCUUAUACCUGCACACCGACGUCAGAUCCUCCAGUCAGAAUGACUCCGCACCAGCUGUCGACCCUAUUGAUGACAAUUCAGAUGCAGCCUGCACGUCCGACGAACAAAUAGCUCCCUCCGUCCUCAACUCCCAGGUAACUGCCGCUAUGGAGCAGCUACCCCGAGGUCCCUCGUGA